AUGAAGGAAACUCCGACUCCAGACGUAGAUACAAGAAAUGUAGUGAAGAAUAGAGAACUUCUAUAUCGAAUGAUUAUAAGUCAGUUACAUUACGACGGUUUUCAACCUAUAGCAGCUACUCUAUCGGCCGCUGUUCAUGCCGACCCACCCUGCCCUCCGAGUGACAGAUUAUUAAAUCUAAUGAUGGUCGGUUUACAACAUGAACCAGAUCGAAAGGACAGGUUAGCGGCAUCUAGCGGGGCUGAACAUCUGCUGGGAACUACUGGCUUUGAUCUUGAAUUUGAGAUGGACGCGUCAUCUCUGGCGCCUGAACCGGCCACGUAUGAAACAGCUUAUGUAACAUCACAUAAGAUGUCUUGUAGGGCCGGGGCGUUCAGUGCUUGUGGACAACUGGUAGCUACUGGCAGCGUUGAUGCUAGUAUUAAGAUUUUGGACGUGGAGCGUAUGUUAGCUAAAUCUGCUCCUGAAGAAGUUGAUCCCGGGAGAGAACAACAGGGACAUCCGGUGAUACGAACAUUAUACGAUCAUACUGACGAGAUUACAGCCCUUGAUUUUCAUCCCCGGGAACAAAUCCUGGUUUCAGCGUCCCGAGAUUGUUGUAUCAAACUGUUCGAUAUUACUAAAGCCUCAGCCAAAAAAGCCUAUAAGUCCAUAACGGAUGCCGAGCAGGUUUUGUGCGUGGCAUUUCAUCCUCUUGGUGAUCACAUAAUCGCUUCAACCACACAUCCGGUGAUAAGAUUGUAUGAUGUAACGACCAGCCAAUGCUUCGUCUGCCCGAUACCCUCGCAUCACCACAAGAAAUUAGUGCAUUCUAUCAAGUUUUCACCGAACGGUAAGUACUACGCGUCAGGCAGUGCCGAUGGCAGCGUCAAACUCUGGGACACCGUUUCCAACAGAUGUUUCAACACAUUCACCAACGCUCACGACGGAGCUGAAGUGUGUUCAGUAGCUUUUACAAGGAACAGCAAGUAUCUUCUAACAUCUGGUUUGGACUCGUCUAUAAAGUUGUGGGAGUUAGCGAGCAGCCGUUGCUUGAUACAAUAUACGGGGGCCGGAACUACAGGUAAACAAGAGCAUCACGCCCAAGCUAUAUUCAAUCAUACGGAAGACUACGUGAUGUUUCCAGAUGAAGCGACUACCUCACUAUGCACUUGGCAUUCCAGGUCAGCUAGCAGGUGCCAGCUGAUGUCUUUAGGACAUAACGGAGCUGUUAGGUACAUAGUUCAUUCUGGUACGGCCCCGGCGUUCCUCACGUGUAGUGAUGAUUACAGAGCAAGGUUUUGGUACAGACGGAACACGCAUUAA